AUGGCGAACUAAGAAGCUACAUAACAAAAGUAAAACAAUAAAACAUAAAGGUAGGUUUAUUGCAGCCAUACUGAGUUUGACUCUAUACUUAUAUGUUAAAUAAAUUCAAAACAAGAAGAUGGAUAAAUAAUAAUAUUUUAUAAUGUGGAGAUCACUUUCAGUGGAUUAAAUAGGAGUUAAUGAUAGCAAAAAUUGAGGACCUACAAAAUAUUGAAAACUUAUGUUAAAUAUUUUUAAUAUAUUUUAAAUUAAUAAAGGUGCAAUAGAAAAAUCGAAAUUGAGGGUUAAUUUUAAAGGAUUAUAUGGGGCAACUUAUAGUGUUCCAGUAAAUAAAUAUAAAAAACAAUGCUAUUGAAAAAGGAUAUAAUUAUUCUAUCUAUUACUUAAGAUUAUUUCAUUUGCGACGCAAUUUUGUAUUCAUUGAUGAAACAGGAUUAGGACAUAAAAUGGUAAAUUUAAGUGCUGGUAACUUAAAAAAACUCCAAGAUGUGUAUAUCAACACCAAGGUAAAAAGAAAUUUAAAUUCAUGGACAAUAGGUUUGGGGAAUUUAUUUGCAUUUAAAAUAGUUAUUGGGACAAUAAGCUCAAAUAUUUUUAAGGACUUUUUAUUUGAAUUGGUAAAGUUGCGAAGAUAACAUUAAAAUGAUAGUUUUUUUAUUGUUCUCGAUAACUCUAUCUGGUAUUCACAAGAUAAAAAAAUAAAAAUUAUUUAUGAAUCUGUUGAUCAACUAUUCUUGCCAAUAUGUUCUCUAAAAACCAAAUCCUUAAAAAAACAUUGGAAUCAAGUAAAAAUAAAGUCUAAAAAUAUAGAAGCCGAGAAAUUAAUUGAUUGCACUAUUUUCUUAAAAACUUCAUAUUUGAAUAAGAGAUUCUUGAAAUAAGUAUAUAGUGGAGAAAUAUAUCAAAACAUUACCAGCACUCUAGUUAACUAAACGAAAAAUUUAACG